AUGGCUUUCGUUUUCUUUUACUCUUUGAUAUGCAAUCGGUUCUUUGAUUUGCAGUGGGUCGAGAACGCCAAGUGGGCAGAUGGAUCGUCAGUUGACUUUUCAACCUGGGGUUGGGCGAAAAUUGACGGUCAGCCUGAACCAAGACCGAGCCCUAGCCGUCCACAAUGUGUCGCUCUCGUCAAAACCACGGCAAAUCUCGACAUCUCCGGCUUGCGUACGAUAGACUGUACCUCCGAGCGCCCCUUUGUGUGCGAAUUCGAGAACUGGGACACAGUUGAGUAUCCUCCCACUCACCGUCAAGCGAGGCGGCAAGCCGGCGAAGGGGGACCGGGUUCAGCACAGGCAGAUGAACAAGAGGCACAGCAAACAGAACAAGAAGCUCCCGGCGGAGGGGAACCAGAAACAGAACAGGAACCAGAAGCUCAACCAGAAGCUCAACCAGAAGCUCAACCAGAAGCUCAACCAGAAGCUCAACAAGAACCUGAACCUCAACCAGAAGCGCAACAAGAACCUGAGUCUGAACCUGAAGCUGAAGCUGAAGAUGAACCAGAACCUGAAGCUCAAGUCGAACCCGAAGAUGAAGCCGAAGAUGAAGCCGAGGAUAAAGCUGAAGCUGAAGCUGAAGAUGAAGCUGAAGAGGAACCUGAAGAGGAACCAGAACCAGAACCAGAAACAACUUCGGAAACCAGCACAGAAACCGAAACCGAAACAAAAACCGAAACGCCCGAAGUGGUGGAUCCGUGCUCACCCAAUCCGUGUGAGAAUGGGGGGAGCUGCAGUCCUGAUGGUUCUGGAUUCUCGUGUGACUGUGGUGAUGGGUUUGAAGGUCCCACAUGUGGCGAUGAGAUUGUCGUAGAGCCAUCAAGUUCGCCUUCGCCAUCGGCAGAGGCGCCCAGUGUGUCCCCAUCGCCAUCGGCGGAAGAGCCCAGUGUGUCCACAUCGCCAUCGGCGGAGGUGCCCAGUGUGUCCCCAUCGCCAUCGGCGGAGGUGCCCAGUGUGUCCCCAUCGCCCAGCAGCGAAGCCGACCCUUGCACACCCAAUGUGUGCCAGAACGAAGGUGUGUGUGGGGUGGUGGAUGGCAGUGCUACGUGUGAGUGUGCGGAUGGGUUUGAGGGAGAACUUUGUGAGAGUGUUUUACCUUCACCCACACGCUCACCUAUUGCCAGUGUAUCGCCUACCGCAUCGCCAGUAGUAGAUCCUUGCGAGGAUAACCCCUGUCGGAAUGGAGGUGUAUGUGAAGCAGAUGAGGGCCUUGCUAGUUGUACAUGUGCAGACGGGUUCGAAGGGGACACCUGCGAAGACAGCAUACCCUCCCCAUCACCAUCGAUAUCACGCUCGCCUAUCCCUAGUGUGACACCCACCACAUCACCUGUAGUAGAUCCUUGCCUAGAGAAUCCCUGCUCGAAUGAUGGUGUGUGUGAAGCUGUUGACGAUCGGGCUACAUGUGUUUGUGCAAGUGACUUCGACGGCGAGUUUUGUGCCGAUGUCAUACCCUCUCCCACACCCUCCACAUCCAUCUCACCCAUCGCUAGUGUCACACCGUCUGUAUCGCCCGUUGUGGACCCCUGCCUCCCCAGCCCGUGCCUGAAUGGCGGUGUGUGUGAGGCGGUAGGAGGCAGUGCUAGUUGCACAUGCACUUCGGGGUUCACCGGUGAAGUAUGUGACGACGUGGUGCCUUCACCCACACCGUCAGUAUCCAUGUCUCCCUUACCGAGUAUCACACCCACUACAUCACCUGUAGUCGACCCUUGCACACCCAAUCCGUGUUCCAACGCAGGUACGUGUUCAGUAGUCAGCGGGUUUGCCGCCUGCACUUGUCUGCCUGGGUUUGGCGGCGAGUUUUGCGUAGAUAUCCUUCUAUCACCCUCACCGUCUAUCUCCAUAUCCCCUAUACCGAGCGCAACUACCUCUCCUAGUGUUACACCCACUCUAUCACUAAUACUUGACGCGUGCGUGCUUACACCUUGUCUGAACGCGGGCGUGUGUGCUAGUGUAGAUGGGGUUGUUUCAUGUGCGUGUGCUCCUGGAUUUACCGGCGAGCUGUGUGCUGACAUUGUGCCGUCACACACACCCUCACCUUCAAUAACGCCCUCGCCCACGCCUAGUAUUAGUUCGUUCCCCAGUGUCACACCCACAGUAUCGCCUGCAGUAGAUCCUUGCGUCGUUACCUUCUGUCAGAACUCAGCCGUGUGCGUAGUCGUUGGGAAGGUGGCCACGUGCUUGUGCACGCCGGAGUUCGCCGGCGAGUUUUGUGCGGAUCCCAUACCCUCGGCAUCGGCGUCAGCAUCACCGUCAAUAUCACCCUCUGUCAGUACAAGUACAUCGCCACCACCCCAACCCACCCCCACAUCGACACACACACCCACACCCACACCCUCACUCACAAGUGCACCUACGUCCACACCCACACCCACAACCACACCCACACAAACACUUCCAAGCUCACCUACAGCUACAGCGACUGCGACAGCUUCCCUUACAAGCGCUCCCACACCCACACCCAUACCUUCAAGUUCAGCUACAGCUUCAGCUUCAGCUACAGCUCUACCCACAAUCACACCCACACUCACACCCACACCCACACCCACAUUGACAUCCACACUCUCAAUUUUCACCUACAACUACAACUACCGCGACAACUCUACCCACAAUCACACCCACAACCACACCCACACCCACACUCUCAAUUUCGCCUCCAGCUACAGCUACAGCUACAGCUAUACCCACACCCACACCCACACCCACACCCACUCCCACGUCUUCCACAUCUCCGAUUAUUGA